AUGUCUUCUGAUCAGUAUGAAGAGCCUAACUUCAUCACAAAGCUAGGCUACGACCUCAUGCUAUGGCUGCUUUCCUCGGUCUUCAACUGUUUCUUCAGAGAGAUUCGCCCAAGAGGUGCCUUCCGUAUCCCUAAAUCAGGUCCUUGUAUCUUUGUUGCAGCUCCUCAUGCUAAUCAAUUCGUGGAUCCUGUUAUAUUGAUGGGUCAAGUGAAGAAUGAAACAAACAAGAGAGUCAGUUUCCUCAUUGCUGAGAAAUCUAUGAAGGUUGUUGGUGUUGGCCAUAUAGCUAGGUUUGCAAUGCCAAUUGGUGUCAAGAGACCUCAAGAUAAUUUGAAGACUGCUACUGGUGAAAUAUCAAUUGAUCCUAGUAAUCCUUUGAAAGUUAUAGGUCAUGGUACUGCUUUCACAAAAGAGGCUACCGUUAAAGGUUUAAUUGGAUUACCAAACUCCAAAGGAAAUGCAGAAAUUGCAGAAAUUUUAGAUGAUUCUACUUUAUUGAUCAAAAAGGAAUUCAAAAAAGUUGCAAUGGAUAUCUUGAAAUCACCAACUAAAUACAAACUGGCUGAUAAAGUUGAUCAAAGACAAGUUUAUGAAAAAGUUUUCGCUCAUCUAUCUCAUGGUCAUUCAAUUGGUAUUUUCCCUGAAGGUGGUUCCCAUGAUCGUACUGAUCUUUUACCUUUAAAAGCUGGUGUUGCAAUCAUGGCCUUGGGUGCAAUGCAACAUAACCCUCAAACAGAUGUUAAAAUUAUUCCAUGUGGUAUGAAUUAUUUCCAUCCUCAUAAAUUUAGAUCAAGAGCCGUUGUGGAAUUUGGACACCCAAUCACCAUUCCUAAAGAUCUUGUUGAUCGUUAUAAUGAUCCAGAAACUAGUAAAGCUGCUGUCCAGGAACUAUUGGACACAAUCACAAAUGGGUUGAAAGCUGUCACUGUUACUUGUCCAGAUUAUGAAACUUUGAUGGUUGUUCAAGCUGCUAGAAGAUUAUACACAAAUGAGAAAACUUUACCAAUCCCAUUGAUUGUGGAAAUGAAUAGAAGAUUAGUUAUCGGUUAUAAUCAUUAUAAAGAAAAUCCUGAAAUCAUUGAGCUUCGUGAGAAAAUUAUGCAUUAUAAUGAGAAUUUGAAAAGAUUACAUUUACCAGAUCAUGAAGUUAACAAAGCUGCUCAAUUCAAUUUCCUCAAAAACUUGUCAAUUUUGAUUUAUAGAUCUUUAAAGCUUGUUUUAUUGUUGACUUUAGCAUUACCUGGUAUUGUUUUGUUCACUCCUGUUUUCAUCGUGGGUAAAAUGUAUUCAAACAAGAAGAAAAGAGAAGCAUUGGCUAACUCACUUGUCAAGAUCAAAGCCAAUGAUGUUGUUGCAACUUGGAAAAUCCUAAUUGGUAUUGGAUUUGCUCCGUUAUUAUACAUUUUCUAUUCAUGUGUUGGACUAUACUAUUUUAGAGACUUUAAAACAAUCAACAAAUUCUUUUUAUUUUGGUUGAUUUACAUCUCAGGUGCCACUGUUACAUACAGUGCUUUAAUCUUUGGUGAUACAGGUAUGGACAUUUUAAAAUCAAUUAGACCAAUUUAUUUAUCAUUAGUUACGCCACAAGUUUUAUCAGAGUUGAAAAUUGAAAGAAAAGAAUUGGCUGAAAAAAUUGUGGAAAUUGUUAAUAAAUUUGGUCCUGAAUUAUUCCCAGAUUUUGAUCAUUUAAGCAAGAUUCAAUUUGAUGAAACUUUUGAAGAUAAGAAAACUGAAGAAUUAAGAAAGAGAAGAAGAUUGAAAAGAAAACAAGAAAGAGCAAAAGCAAAAGAAUCUCUUCCUUCAAGUGAUUCAGAUGCUGAAUCUUUAUCAAAUGCCCCAAUUUUCGCAAAUAGUUCAGAUGCUGAAAGUGAAUAUUCUGUAACUUCAACUAGUGAAACUGAAGGUGAACAAACAAUAAAUUCAACUGGUAUUAGCUCUAAAAUUAGAGAUACACUAAGAGAAAGAAGAAUCCAUGACGAAAAUGUCAAUGAUGUCGAUGACGAUUAA